AUGGUCAAGAUAGCAUCUCGUUCCAUGUGGGGAUUUAGGCGCCUUUUGAAGACGGAAUGCGAUUGGGCCUUGCCAUCGUUGUAUCCUGGUCUUCAUAUUCAGUUCCAUGUGCAAUUUCACAAGAGUAUCCAAUUUUUCAGCCGCACACUUGAUAUCGGCUUGGAUAUACGCUUCCCGUCGCUCGUCGUCCUCCGCCCUGGCAAGAAACUCGGCUUCGACAUCGCUGUCGUCCCAUUCAUCUGCCGCAGCUCUCUCGCAAAGAGUUCUGCACCGAUAUUGCUGACAUCUGACUCGUCUGCCGACGCUCUGGCGAAGAAUUCUACCUCAAUAUCACUGUCGUCCCACUCGUCUCCCGCAGCUCUCGCAAAUAGCUCUGUCUCGACAUCGCUGUCAUCCCAUUCGUCUUCCGCAACUCUCGCUAGGAAAUCUGCCUCAAUAUCGGUAUCGUCCCACUCAUCGUGGCCGCAAGAGGCAACAUCAGGACAAGGGCUAUAUUCCAUCUCACCCAGAAGAGCCACAAGCCUCGGAGGAAACGAAGAAGAGCCAAUUUUUAACAGUCAUGAAGAACGAGAGGAUGGGUUGCGUACUGGCGGAGGUCGGCGCGAAGGCGCGGAUAAGCGCGAACCGACGCGUCCACAUAAGCAGGUGCAGUCGAGGCAGGAAUGA